ACUCCUCAGUUAUGUGCUUAACGUUCGUUGGAGCGGAUACGAGACCGAUAUUCGGGCGCGCGUUUCGCGUUUUGGGGAUUGAGGAUUUGUUCUGGCUAACAAUACUGCAUGGAAAGUCCUUCGAUAGGAUAUUUGAUGUUGGCGUAAGAAGGUGUGCUUAAUCGCAGGUAUCCGAAAUCAAACUGUGUGGGUUUGUGUGUGACUUCAAUAAUAUCCAGACACCAUGGAUAAUUGACAAAGGAAUAACCAAACAAAUAAAUACGAUUGCAAGAAUCGCUCGAGCAAAGUGUUUUGUGUCAGGUGCAUGUUUCAGAUUUUCCCGGCGGGUGCCGUCGCAGACGAAAAUAAAUAAAAAUCAAUUAAACAGUCAUGAAAGAAGGCAAGGGCUGCCCUGGCUGCUUGCGUGGUGGCGCUCUACAUGUCAGUGGUGGUGUGGACGAGGGCUUUGUAGGGUAGAGUGGCGCGUGAUGACCCGGUUCUGCGGCUUUCCACCUGUUCAGCUGACAGGUUGCGGUGGUAGCCACUAGUCGUGACGUUGAUGGUAUUUUCAAGGCGCUUCAAAGAAGAAAAAAUACGGAGGCGGCGCAGCGUGAAACAGCCGUGGAAGCACAUACACACAUACAAACCGACGUCCCACAAACGAAGUUGUGCUCCUAAAUUGAUCAACCCAUAAAAGUUCAGUGUUCGGGUGCAUCGAGGUGUUGGAACAUAGCGAGGAAUGUGGCGCUGAAAACAAAAAUACAAAUCAAGGCAAGAGUGAAAAAAAAUAUAAUAAAAUAAACGGAAAGUAAACCGUGUAAAGUGAAACCCCAUACGGCCUGUAUAUUUCAAGUUUUCUACUGAACCAAAAAAGAGCAACUGGCUGAAGGAAAAAUCUCCUUUGAGAAUUGAAUUUGUGGAACAGCCGAGCAUAUUAUUUUGGGCGAAGAAAAAAAUUUCAACAGCGCUGAACUUCAAGCUUUGGAUUAAGCCUAAAGAGAACUUCUCAGUGCACUAGACAGUCACCUGCAGUCCGACGACAACGACAAUCCGGCACAGGAGAGGUCAUCAGCAGAAGUGCAAACCGGAACGAAAAAGAAGAAGUGUUUUUUUUCGGUUCAGCCCAGUGCAUAACUGAUUGUCUCAAAAGUGGAGCAGAGGAAAACCACCGACAAUCUGCAUCCGGACCUUCCCGGGCAAUGGGGAAAAUCCAUAAAAGCUAGUAAUUGAAACUGGGACACACGUGGACAACCCCUCAUGGCUUCACGUGGAGAAAAACUUUUGGUCCAUCAACGACAACGGACGGGACCGCAGAAGAAACAAUAAUGAGUGGUAAAGGUGGUGAAAUUAAAUCAUUUCCAUUUCGGGCAAUGCCACAACCGGGAAAGCCAAACAACCAAAGACGUCACUGCUUCUCGCAGCAACAGCAGCCACAGCAACCGAAUAUGAUCUGAACGUGGGUCCAUUUUGCUGGCACACUUUUUUUUUUGUGUGAAGGACCCAUGGAAUAGUGUGAAACUCGAAAGUGCUAACGUGGAAUAAUAACCAUUUUUGGAGUAGAGCGGUAGAGAGCAAAAAAAAAAAAGUUAGCAAAAGCGAAUCAUAGAGAGCUUGUGCAGAAAAAAAGUGGAAGUUUGAGAGUAGCUCUUAAAAAUUAAUUUAGCACAAGCUGGGGCUUUCAGAAAAAGAGUGGUGGUAGUGCAAUUAUUCUGAAUAAAAUAUGUGGAAACGAGGAGGCUGCUGCCACGACCUAACUAUGCUGAGUGCAGCUAUGCUCGGCACGACGAUGCUGGUAAUGAUGCUUUGCGCGGGCACUUCACGUGCCCAAAUAGACUGGGCCGAGGACGACGACGAUCCAGUGUCAACGACGACGGUGGAGGCUGUGCUCGGCCGGACGGCAACGCUACCGUGUGACAUCACCCCGGAUGAGCAGAACGAUCGCGUCUACAUGGUGCUGUGGUUCCGGGAGAGUGCCGGAAAACCACUGUACAGCUAUGACGUCCGAGGGAGACAGUACACGAAAGCCCUCUACUGGUCGGAAUCGGCGGCGUUCGGUCCGCGGGCCUACUUCGUGACGGUGUCGAAACCGGCGGCACUUACGGUGGACAACAUCCAGCUGGACGACGAAGGGGUCUACCGCUGUCGGGUGGAUUUCCAAAAUUCACCAACGAGAAACCACCGGAUAAAUCUCACCGUGACAGUGCCGCCUCAUCAGAUACUUGUUUACGAUGCGUCCGGAAGGGACGUUGCCGGGGCGAUAGGCCCACUGCAAGAGGAUGACAACCUAGUUCUUACAUGUGAAGUUAGAGGUGGUCGACCGGAACCGACCGUAACAUGGCUGAACGGCGACGAAGUGAUGCAAACAGGUGGUGGCGUAUCGAUGGGCCGCCAUGUGACUGUGAAUCGCCUGGAGAUACACAAAAUAACACGCACCGCCCUGAACAACACGUACAAAUGUCAGGCGUCCAACACGGUUCUGGUGCCACCGGCGGAACGGAGCGUCCGGGUGGAAAUGCUGCUGAAGCCAGUGUCGGCAUCCAUGUCGUCCAAGCCAAAGCAAUUAAUUUCAGGCCAGGACUACAGCGUGACCUGUGAUGUGGAAGGAUCAGUGCCCGACACCGAGAUUAGAUGGAUGCAAAACAACCGUCCGUUCACCAAAGCAAAAAUUAGAACUGUUAACAACAGUUCGAUUGUGACGUCAGUUUUGAGCUUCCAACCCAGCUCGGAAGACGAUGGAACUGUCCUUAAAUGUGAAGGUUCCAAUCCCAGGCUGCAAAACUCAGUGCUGGAAGAUUCCGUCAUCAUGAACGUUCUCUAUCCACCGCAAGUGACGCUGUCCCUCGGAUCAACGCUUAAUCCGGACGACAUUAAGGAGGGCGACGAUGUCUACUUCGAGUGUCACAUCAAGGCAAAUCCGAGGGAGCACCGCAUUACAUGGUCCCACGAUGGUUCGCCAGUGACACAGAAUGUGACGUCGGGGGUGAUUAUUUCGACGCGCUCACUGGUUCUGCAACGAGUCGGCCGGUACCAUUCCGGGAUGUACGCCUGUUCGGCCGCCAACGAGCAGGGCGAAAGCCAGAGUGCACCGGUCUCACUUAGGAUUCACUUUGCGCCAGUUUGUGCCUCGAGCAGUAUCAUGAUUGUUGGUGCAUCGCUGGACGAGACGGUUCCGGUGCCGUGUCAUGUAGCUGCCGAUCCGCUGGACGUUUCGUUCGACUGGAACUUCUCCAACAGUGGCGAACGCUUCGAGGUGACCAGCGGCCAGUUCAACUUGCUGCAGGACUUUCACUCGUCGUCAUCGGUGGCGUCCGAUUCCGGAAUGGGUGGAGGGAUGGCCCCGUUGUACGAUGCCAUGGAUGAAAACUCGGAAACCAUUUACGAGCUGCUGUACACGCCCAAAAGCGAACGAGACUAUGGCACGCUCGCUUGUUGGGGCAAAAACUCAAUUGGCAAGCAGCUGGAACCGUGUCUCUUUCAGGUCGUCCCCGCAGCAAAGCCCUCCCCGUUGCGCAACUGCACCCUCCGGCCGUACUCGACGCUGCUGGCGACUCACGGAGGAGGUUCUGCGUCGUCCUCGUCCUCGUCGUCUAAUUCAUCUGCAGCGUCAGCAUCUUCAUCUUCGUCGUCCUUCUAUUACGGACCGGGUGGCGGUGACAUGGAAACCGGUGCCGUCUCUGCUUCGUCCUCGUCGGCUAAUGGUGCCACCGUAGGUCAGCAAUAUCGGGAAUCUAAUUAUAUCAGCACACAAUUCGUUAAAGAUCGGAACGUGUCAAACGAACGACAAACGAAUAUUACAAAAUUUAAUCAGAAGAGUACGUCGUCGGGCACUGUAUCGAAGAGACGUGAACAGAUCAAACACAAAAACGAUGCCGGCGGGCGAACUGGCGGAGAAGCGGCGGGAAGUUCCGGUCUGACGACCCGUGGAAGAAUUAGUGCAGCUGGUCAAACUGUGGGAUUGACCUCGGAUGAAAGUGACACGGAUCUGGACACGGACGAGGGUGGAGCUGGGAAGGGUGUCGAGGUGCUGAUGGCAGCCCAAAUAUCGUCCGCAUUGGGCCAAGCAGCAUCCGGUUCAUCUAGUUUCUCGCCAUCAUCGGAAUCGUCGUCGUCAGAAGCAGUAGCAGCAGCAGCAGCGUCAGUGGAAGAGAGUAAGAGAAAAACAAUUUCGACUAAUGAAAGAAAUAGUGGCAUGAAUUUGUUUAACACCGUAACGCUCGUCGGAGACGGCUUCCAGCAGGGCAGCUCUUCGUCUGCUGCUGGCAACACUGGCACCGGUGCAGGCACCAGCUCCGAUGCUAAUCAUAGGCGGAUGAAGAGAGAGAAACGUUUUAAUGAAAAUCUAGAAAAUGAAAUAAAUAAAACACAUUUCGAUGAUGAUGAUGAAAUUUUCAAUAGCACCAGCAGCAGUAGCGACGAGUACGAGAACGAAGGCCUUAGAACUAUCGAACCUAGGUCAGGUCAGGCCGGCUACAGUGCUGCCAGCAGCAGUGGGAAUAGUGAAGGGAAUAAUUAUCACGGCAGUACGAGAGAUGCAGCACCGAUUGCAGCAAAAUUGAGAUCGGAAAACGUUCGAUAUAAUCGGUACCACUCGUCGUCGGACGGAACACAGGACGCUGGGAGACGGGGCGGUCUUGGACCACCAUCACCAACAGGAUAUGGUCCCAGCCACUCGUACGGCCACUACGUGGAGAGCAACGGAGGAGGAGGAGCGUCGGAGGUGCCGACGACGUUGGAGCUCGAGUGUGUGGCAGGAUACGAUGGGGGCCUGCCGCAGCACUUUUUUCUUGAAGCCUACGACUCGCGGACGCGCAAGUUGCGACUCAACAUCACAAGUGCACUUAGCGAUGUGCCACUGUUCCGGAUAGAUUUGUCUGAGUUGAGCCCUAGCGAUUCUUACACGCCAACCCUUCACCUGAUUGCUUACAGUGUAAAUCAGAAAGGACGCUCGGAGCCGACGAUUCUCGAGGACAUAGCGAUUAAUGAAGCUGAAAAAAGGACAGACGGAACCGAUGGCUUUUCAAUUCUCCCGCUUGCGGCGUUACUUACCGGUGCCCUGUUCACAAUCGGCAUCGCCGUCCUGCUGGUGGUCGUGCUGGCCAUACGGAGAAAACGUGACGGUCACGGGACCGGUCUGUGCGACGGCAAGGAGAAACAUAUGGGCAUGGAUAUCACCGUGACCACACCGCUGGAGAUGGGAAUGGGACAGCAGAAGUAUGUGGUCGCCUAUACGCUCAAGCAGGGCGUCGAGAAACAACCGGACAUACUGAGCGCCCAGAAAACGCAAGGCGCCGCCAGCAUACAAUCGAUAAAGGACAUCCAGAAGAUGGGCUCACCGGUGGGCAUAAGACCCGAUGCACUGUGUAGUGGGCCGAACGGGGGUGGUGGUGGGCUGGUUGCAAAACAAAGCACAAUUUAUGCCACCCAGAGUUACGACCAAAAAUCGACACCUUCCAGUCGACAAAGCACGUUGAAACGGAACGAUACUUCCAACACGUACAGUUUGCUACAACAGCAACAACCGCCGCAUCAUCUCCAGGGAAAGCCCCCACCUGUGACGUCCGCCACUGGUUUACCGCAGUACACGACCGCCGCCGGCAGUUACACAAAUUGUUCCGCCGGGGGCGGUGAUCUGCUGGAUUAUGAGAAACAGUACGGAGGUAGCGGUGGAGGAGGUUAUUCAACACUCCAGUACAAUCACAACCCGCCGCCACUGGUGGAUCCGUACAGCUACAAGAGCUCCCCCGCGGAUCCCGUCGCAGCUGACCCACUCGACUACGACAAGAAUCUCGAUUACAGACUGCUUAACAUAUCGAACGAGAUUAAGAACAACUCGACCGCCAAUCAUAUCGAAUAUAGGAACAAUAACCACCAUAGUAGUAGUAAUUUACAGCUCGGAAGCAGUAGCAGUAGACCGCCACAAACCGGCUCAGGUGGUCCCAAUCCAGAGUACCGGUAUUCCGGCUCGGAGUACGCCUCGGAUCUGAUGGAUUUUAGCAACGUACCGUCGCCGUCUUCCUCCACCAACGUCGGGGCAACGCUGACCAAGAACCGAAACCGGCAGCACAUCAUCACGGACACUCUGCCAGGACCGGAGAGCUGCGUGUAGAGUUGCCACCGUAGAAGCUUCCUCGUUGGUGUCACCGUUGUCGUCUUCUAUGUAUAGUAGGAUCGUCGUGAUUCCGUCAACGACUGCGGUCGCGCAAAGCUUUAGUCCCCUACCCUCACAUUAACGCUCGCACGGUGGCCAAAAUAUCGUCAUUUGAGAUUAAAACGGCUCUUUAAUUUGGAUUUGUGUUUUUUUAUGUUAUGUAAAUCCUAAUUUACUGUACAUUUUCGUAUAAAUGUCCCAUACGAAGAAAAACUAGAUUCUCUUCGGAUGGUGGAAUAAACUGCAUAUCGAUACCGGUGUGCUCUUUUGUACUAAGCUUGCUGGGAUUCCCUUCUAGAUAGAACAAAAGAACACACCGGCAUCAAUAUGUUUAGGUCUUUUCCAAAAGUGCACAUUAUUUCGAACCAAACUGCAGCAUUAAAAUUGAUGGAAAUUCAUAAUAGCAAACUCAACGGCCAAUAUCGACAAUUUUAUUUCUUAGUAUUUUUUAUUAUUUGACUAAACUUUGUCGCCCUUCCCUAUGACCAAAGAAUCCAAUGACAAAAUGUGUCAUUGGUUCGCUCAUACUACUCUCCAUUCAAUUUUGACAUGUCGUCUGCUGUGUGCUAUCUUGUGACAUAGACCAUUUUGGUCGAAAAUGAGUUAAUGAUGACGUUUUGCUAUACAUAACAAACACUACAAGAUACUUUAACCCGA